AAAAGCACGUCCCCACCGUGCAGAUGAGUUCGAGGAUAUACGUGACAUUCGCACGUAUGUUUGAAUUGACAGGUGCAACGAGAAAAGCAGGUCUUUUCGUUUGUAUAUAAAUAUUAUAUAUCUUGUGAAUCAAAACGAAAUCUUGUCACACGAUCCUUCUCGUAAAAUCAAGGCGCCUUUCUUUUUUAGCCUUUCUUCACGUGUAUAAUAUUUUGCAGUCAUGACUUGCUGUCUUGUAAAGAAGUGUAUCAGUGUGAAUUAUCUUUCCCACGUGCUGGCUCGCGUUCAACCAGUAUUUUAUAUCCAAAGAUGUGGCUAUGCUCACAAUAUAGACAUAAACUUGAAUGAUGGACCAGUCAGUAUUUUGAAGCAAAAAAUAGUGAGAGGAGAGUUGAUGAAUGAUGCACAUCAGAUGAAAGUGGCACAGAUUUUGCAGAGAAUUUACCAAGAGGUACACGAUUAUAAGCCACAACAAUUAAAUUUAUUGGAAAAAUGGUUUGGCGGCAGCAAGAAAGAUAUGCCAAAAGGACUGUACAUUCAUGGAGCAGUCGGUGGAGGUAAAACAACGUUGAUGGAUCUAUUUUACAAUUGCUGCCAGAUUGAAAAUAAGAAAAGAGUUCAUUUUCACUCUUUCAUGUUGGAUGUACAUAGUAGAGUGCAUAAAGUAAAAAAGAUGAUUGUGCGAGAUACUACUAGUACCAAACUGCAACCUUUUGAUCCGAUACCUCCUGUUGCAUCCAGUAUUGCCGAAGAGACUUGGCUAUUAUGCUUUGAUGAAUUUCAGGUGACGGACGUUGCAGAUGCUAUGAUAUUGAAACGGCUAUUUACGGAGCUAUUUGAUAAUGGCAUUAUAGUAGUCGCGACUAGUAAUAGAUCGCCCGAUGAUUUGUACAAGAACGGACUACAACGGGGAAACUUCGUGCCAUUUAUAAAAGUGCUAAAGGAUCAUUGCUAUGUAUGUAACUUGGAUUCUGGAAUAGAUUACAGAUUGAGGUCGGGGACAGGAAACAAGAAAAUAUACUUCAUAAAAGGCAAGGAUGCGACAAACGACGUGGACAAAGUUUUCAAAUAUUUAUGCUCUAUGGAGAAUGAUGUGAUACGACCACGAACGAUCUCUAUAAGGGGACGCAACGUCACUUUCCGAAAAACCUGCGGGCAGGUGCUGGAUUCCACGUUCGAAGAAUUGUGUGACAGACCUCUUGGAGCAAUCGAUUAUUUGGAAUUGAGUCAAGUGUUUCAUACAAUAAUAAUAAGGGAUGUACCUCAAUUUAAUCUACGACUUAAAUCUCAAGCCAGACGAUUUAUUACUCUUAUCGAUACACUGUAUGAUAAUAGGGUACGGGUAGUUAUGUCAGCAGCUGUGCCACAUACGCAACUAUUUUUACCAGAAAAUGAAUCCGAAUAUACUGAUGAGAAAAGAAUGCUGAUGGAUGACUUAAAGAUUUCACAUGGCUCGGAAGAUCACAAAGCAAAUAUCUUUACUGGUGAAGAAGAAUUAUUUGCAUUUGAUCGCACUGUAUCACGUUUAGCUGAGAUGCAGACUUCGCAGUACUGGGAACAGUGGGAGCAUCAUAGAUAAUGAUGAUUUUAACUAGUGCAAGUAGAUUUAUGUAGUUCUAUAUGAAUUUACAGCACACAUAUUAACAAUAAAAUUUUAAAGAGAUAAUUUCACAAGUAAAAUUAUAUAAGCUUUUGUCAAAUGUGUGCGAUUUACUUAGAAUGUAGUUUUUACACUUUGUCAGUAUUUUAUUUUAUGGAAAGUAAAGGUAAAUAAUUUUUGGAAAGAAGUUUUCGAAAUCUAAUAUUAAAAUAUUUAUUUAAUUAUUUAUGAAUGUUAAACUUUAACACUAACAUCUAAAUGUAUGUUUCUGUAUCUAUGUAUCUAUGUACUUAUGU